UGGCAGCGCUGCGAUUGGCCGAAAGUUCCACUGGCGUCACGUGAUUCUUUUACUCACCCCCACACUUGACAGAUUGGGUCCUGAUAUCUGAACGCCACCUGUAGCUACGACUGUCAGUCAGUCUUGCCGAGUGCCAUUGGGACAUACUUUGGGGGAAAUGUCUACCCAUGUGAGUUUGAGGGAUAGCAUUUCAUCGGAGGAGGACAGCCGACCGGAGCGGGAGAGCACGAUGGAUGACCGCAAAACUCAAGUGACUACACACCAUCAUCCCUUCAGUGUAGAGGCUAUAAUGUCGGGUAGAAAGACUCACAGUGAGUUUACAAGCAAACCCGACAAUGUCUCUGUGGUUACAUUUUCAAAGACUCAGAACUCUCCGUACCUGUGCAGAGAGACAUACAGCCCCCCCGAGGGAAUCCGAAAGCACUUUAUUCCACCAUCGCCCGUAAAGUCGGAGUCCUCCGAGCCGGAUGACUGUGCUCCCUGGGUUAUGAGCCCAAGAUUCUCAGCGCAAACUCGGCAGGUGAGUCCUACCUGUCCGCUGAGAAAGCACAAGAACAAUAGAAAGCCUCGUACUCCUUUCACCACAUCCCAGCUACUGGCUCUGGAGCGUAAGUUUCGUCAGAAGCAGUACCUGUCCAUCGCAGAGCGGGCUGAGUUCUCCAGCUCUCUGACCCUGACUGAGACUCAGGUCAAGAUUUGGUUCCAGAACCGCCGGGCCAAGGCCAAGAGACUACAGGAAGCCGAGCUGGAGAAGCUCAAAAUGGCUGCCAAACCUGUGCUGCACCCGGGCUUUACUUUACCCAUGCCCCUGGGUGCCCAACUUCACACAGCUGUCUCCCUGUACGGACAGUCCUACCCCUACCACCGACCAAUGCUGCCCCUCUCGCCUAUGGGACUGUACGCUACGCCGCUGGGAUACAGCAUGUAUCACCUAACAUGAAAAUAGAGAGGAAUAUAACCUUGUUCUGUUGAUAUUAGUGUUGGACACUUGGACAUCACUCUUUAUAAUGCUAUCUUUUUCUCCUUGCUACAAAAACAACACUGAAAUGGAGAUGAUUUUCUUUCAUAAACACACCUGAAAAUACAGUGCCUCACUCACCAAAGAGCCUUAAAGACCUCAAUGAAUUGUUUUGCUGGUUUCUUAUUUUUCUUCUGUGGAUGGAUAACAAUUUGGCUAUCCAGGCUAAGUCAACUAGUGGUUCUGUUUUACUUUGUCAUAUAUUCCAAUGCAAAUGUUCCCUUUAUUCAAUCGUCUCUGUGGUAUUGAUCAAAUGUUGUUGUAUUACUGUCAUUACACUUGUCAGUAUCUAACAUAGAAGAUUCAGCUUACGUCUGACUUCACGUCUGCCUUGUUUCACCUCUCCUUGAAAACAGACAGAUAGGUUGGAUUUUAGACCGCUUUCAUUUCAUACUGAAGGGUUGUCUUAGUUUUUUCAGAAUCUCAACUCAAAGUCAACUCAUUCAAAAUUGUUGAUAUUUUGACACAUUCCAAAUGGUUAUUUUUACAUUAGAUUUGACUUUAGCAACAAAUUAUAUUCAGCACUUCUGUUUCAUAAGACACGUGUAGUCUUAGUUUAAUUUGUCUACUUAUUUAUUAUACUUUUACUCGAAAAUGUUUAUGCAGGAAAUGAAUUUAUUGUGUGAUUCAUGUUUCGUAUUUAUAACAUGUAGCUCAAAUGUGGCAGAAUUUUCUGACAAAUGUUAUUUAUACCUUUUAAACUUUAAUCUGAAGGUUCCAUUGCAAGGAGCUAGAGUAUGUAGUUUUAUAAAUGUUUUUAAUAUCAGCAAUGUAUCUCAUUUGCAUGGACCAAAAUUAAAAAGGCUUUUAAAA